CCAGGUGGGGAAAAAUCUACGAAAAAGAAUUCACAUCUUGAAGAACAGUAAAUGUACCAAAACUUAAAAUUACAACUUUUCAAAAUUACAACCGGUAAGAAAUAAACGGAAAAUUUACAAUUUAUACCCAGAGAACUACAAGCUAAAGCUUUUGCUUCUGAUCGCUUAACAAGCUUUUGUAAGUACUGUUUGCGAAACGAAAUAUAGCACGCAAAGCCCUCGUCGUGUCCCCAUGCACAUUGAUUGAAAAUACAGCUCCACGUCCACUUGCAUCCGUGGAAGAUACCUAAAAAUAUUGUGAUUGUAUUCAAACUUCCCUUUAGCAUUUUACCUUUGGACUUACAAUACUAUACGCUUCCCAGUGAGAUUCCAAGUAGUUUAACUUAUAACUUUUUCAAAAAGGCAACACAUAUUUGGUCCAGCAGCUCCUGAGCGGCUUUCACGACUGCCUGCAGCCUUACUCGUAACGGAGAAAUCCGCACAAAUUCUGGCUGUACUUGGCACAGCUCGCAAGACCUACGAUUCCUUUUCCGCGUUCGCGUGCAAUCAGCCUUUUCCGCGUUCGCGAGUGCCACACGUUAGUUUUUUUUUCUGUCUCCCCAGAAACAGAAAGAAUACGCGACGAAUAAGCUCAUUAACAGCACGACAGCUGCAGCUGCUCGGGUACUUAAGUAUCGUAGUCACUUCGUUAUCACCGAUUCAGGCACCGCUGCGAAGCGUCCUGUUUAUAAUCUUACAAAAAUUUUUCAACGACAAGCACUAAAAAACUUUCAAAACGCCAUGAUGGAUAGCAAGCUAUAAACUAUCGAAGCAGAUUUCACUGUACAGACAGUAUCGGGAAGCCCAUAAAUCAACUCGAUUUCAAACCAACCGUCGCAGGAGGUGUCAAGUGGCUUUCUGUUGCCCAAAGGUGCUUCCUGCUUCAACUGGUCGCAAAGCGAGGAUAAGGGGACAGUGUUACGUCGUGUAUUUUUAUACAUACGAUUUGUACAGUGACUGAUAUUUAUAUCAACGCCGUAUUAAUUAGUGCUUGUUUCAGCAAGCAAGGACGAAAAGAUCAAGAUGCCGCCCAAGGCAGCGGGACCAGCUGCGGCUCAAGCUGCACAGAUCAAGCUGCCGAGCCCGGUAAUCGAAGCGCCUAUGCAGAUAUCAAAUGCAAAAGUGUGUGGGUCUGGAAGAUUGCAAACUUGUGAUGCUGUGUUUGGAUUCUAAAAAAAAUUGUAUUGCAUGACCAGCAAGAGGACUCCAGUUUCCCCUACGCGGAGAGGGCAUUUCUCAUGCGGUAGAGGUAUCGCAAAGCCCUCUAAAAAUCUGUGAUGCUACGGCAUUCAUCACAGACAUCAUGGCUCAUGGAAAAUAUGCAUGACAAAUCUAGAAAUCUUCCAGACCCACACACUUUUGCAUUUGAUGGCAGUUGCGUGACAGCGCGGUCAAGAUUCCCGGGGAAGAGGCAAAGAUCAACAACCGGGUCUUCCUAUGGCGCAGAGAAAUUCACUCGCGCCAGAUAAAAACCAAAGUCGGGCCGCGGCCGUUCGUGCCACCAAAAAAAAUUCUCUUUGGAGGGUUUCAGCGCGAAAACGAACUGCUUUUAGCAUUACAAACUGCGCGCGGUAUUCCUGAAAAUUGCCGAUGUCUCCAUACCUCGUCUCCCCAUUCUUACAGAGUCAGUUUUUGGUGGCGCGACUUGUUCAGCAAAUCAAAGUUGGUCUUUGUCUGGUGCGGGCGUUCUUUUCCGGCGAAUACUUCGAGUGCCAUCACCUGCAAGUGAUGACGCCGACGGACGAGCCGGAUUGGCAAGGGCCGGCGGUCAACGGUGCAGCAUAUGAAGUGUGAGAAAAUAUGUUGUCACGGCACUAUGAGCAACGUGUAGACUAUUUUGACUUUGGCUGCGGCGUGUUUGUAGGUUUAUCAACUUUCUAGCGUGUGCAGCACCACGAUGGGAGUCAGUGUUGAUCUGUGCUACAGAUCAACACUGACUGUGAUGCAGCGUAGUUCUUAUGCAUGAUCAUUCUGAAUUCGAGACGGAGACAUGCAGUACUUGAUCAAGGAACAGGGAUCAGUUGUACACCUUGCUUGUACUACCGUGAAAGCGUCUUUCUAGUGCAUAUCGAGCAAACGAUUCCGUACAAAAAAGCGGAGCACCUUAUGGAAUUCUCAAAUAUCACAUUCUCCACUGUUACAAGAUUUGUCAUGCAAAAUUGCAAUCAGAAUCGGAACGAUCAAGCUGCUUCGCAUAACAAAUUCUCGGAGGGCCAAACAGGCCGAGAGCCUGCGUAAAAUCGGUCACGCAAGACGCGCAAGGCCGCCCCUUUCACUUUUGCUAGUCUAGCAUCACAAAGUCACGUAAAAGGUGAGAACGUAAUAUUUGAGAACGCCAUACACCUGAAACUGUCCCUGCCCCGCUAUCAUAAGGAAAAAUCCCCUCUCCCCAUAUCGAAAAGAAAACUAUUGUGAUGCUGAUUUGUGACGGCAAAUCGACUUUGUUGCUAGAAGGGCAAGAGACGCAGCUGGUCCCUCGUUUGCAUGCAAUUUGUCAUGCUAUUUCCCGUUUCCAGUUGCUUCCUGUCAGGCUGAAGACGCAAGGCCUCCCCACGGCAGACACCACCACAAUUCGCGCCUCUUCCUUUGUAGCGUGACAAUGAGAUUUGUGCUCGCAAAUCCAAAUCUCUUUGAGUAUGGGGAGGGGGGAUUUUCCCUCUGGAUACCCGCGGAGAAGGGGAGUGGAAGGUCGGCCACCUCGGCGCGGGCGCGUUCGGCCAUGUCGUACGGUGCGGGAGGAAAAGGCCCGGCGACCGCGAGAGCGACGUGCGGUACUACGCCAUAAAGGUGAUCAAGAACAUCCGAGACAGGGAUCCCAAUGAAAAGAUCCGGUCGAUUCGCGAGGGCAUCUGGAGCCUCCUGAUGAAAAACGGGCUGGUAUCCUGAGAAAAAACGUCCCCACCCCAGAGUUGUCAUGCAGAUUUGCACUUCCAGGAACUGAACAUGUGCAUCCUCAGGAGAACAAGCAUUUGCAGUCGUGAUUUAGAAUUUGUGAUGCUGUAAACACGAAGAUCAGAGGAUGGCUUUGCGAUGCAGCUGUCCUUGCUAACCCGCAUUACAAUACAGACAAGAUAAAAACUUGUCAUGCGUGAUUCCCAAAACAGGUGGCUACAACGGAUUUGUGUUGCAAAAUUCCCAUCUUCACUGUGGGGCGGGAACCUUUUUACACAGGAUAGCACGAUUACACGGGGAUCAUCCGGUGCUUCGGCGUGUGGUUCGACCCGUACGCCAACUCGUUUUGCAUCCUCAUGGAAGAUAUCAAAUGCAAAUAUGUCUGGGUGGUCUGGAAGAAAACAGAUAGUUCUUGUCUUGCAGGUCUUUAUUCGUGCGCAAAAAGGAGAAGGUGUGGAAUGCGCACAGACGAGCAUGACAAAUUCUGCAGAAAUUACUCCAAGCCUAGACUGCAUGAGAAAUGCCCUCUCCUGGACACUUAAGUCGGACAUUGCAGAUUUUUUCCUAAUUCAGAAUCCGCAUGAGGACGAGGCGCACGCAACCUUCCAGACCUACUAGACACAUUUGAGAUCCAUAGAGGAGGGAGUCUUCACAUUCGACGACAAGAGAGUCGACGUCGACAACGAGAACGUGAAAGAAAUGCUGCCAAGCUGGGUCGGUCAAACGAUGUCGGCCUUGAAACGGUUGACGCAGAUGAGAGUGAUCCACCGCGAUAUGAAGGCCCAGAACAUGAUGCUGGUAGUGGACACAGCGAAGCUCGGCGGCAGACCCUUGCCCGCGAAACACGACGAUCGCAUUUGGCAGUAUCUCCGUGCGGUGCUAAUGGACUGGGGGUGUGCGAAAGGUAUUGACGGGAGGAGAUUUUGUAGUAAGGGAUUUUUGUAGAAUAUCUUAACGGUUUCCUUCUUCUUCAUUCCCGAUCCAAUUCUCACACGACAUGCUUGUAUCAUUUUUCAGGUCGCAUCGCUACAGUGCUAAAAUUAUUCCAACAUUUCAUCAACGUACCAAAGGCGUCGAUGCGAAACCGGGCAAGAAUGGAGGGCACUCUCCGAGGGGAACCGUCGGAACGGACGACUACCAUCCCCUGGAGUCGAGAUUCAACAUAUCGGAGGUAAAUGUGUCUGGGUCUGGAAAGUUUGGAACUUUUGAUGCUGUCUUCGGAAUCUAGAAAAAUCUGUAUUGCAGCAUGACCAGCAAGAGGAACCCAGUUUAUGCCACGCGGAGAGGGCAUUUCUCACGCGGAAUAAGUAUAGGAGAGCCCUUUAAAAAUCUGUAAUGCUAGGCCAUGCAUGACAGGCACCAUGUUUGUGGGUCAUACAAAAUUAUACAUGAGAAAACCCGGCGAUCUUCCAGACGCAGAUAACACAUUUGCAUUUGAUACAACAGACGGAACCGUGAGGAAAAUCAAGUGGCAAACGACCUCAACAUAUACCACGACCUCUGGCCGUUCGGGAUGAUUUUGUUCGAGUUGCUCUUGCGCUUGAAGUAUGGACUGCAAAUAUGUCUGGGUCUGGAAAUUUGUAAUGCUGGGCUGUGAAAAAUAGUAAGUGCCCUUCUAUGCACAAACAGUCAACUCAAGCCUGUCGUAGGAAUAUUUGUGCGGCUCUAAGUCGCGCUUUCUGCAUCACGACAGGCUGCGUUUGGGCAUGACGCGCAUAGCUUCUGGGACGCACCACGAAGUCUUCAGUCAUGCCAGACAAGCAUUACAAACCUUGCAUUCUUCCCGACCCAGACGGAUUUGCAAUGCAUAUGAACUUCCGGGGAAUGCCACUCAUAACGGGAGUGAUGGAGAGGUGCGGUUACUGGAGCGCCGAAACCAGGAACUGGAUCGAAGAAAAUGUAGUAGUAAAAUACGAGGGCGAGGACAAAGAAUUCGACUCGGAGGUGUGGGAGUACUACGCGUGGAUCCACUUCUGCAACGUCGCGGGCCGCUCUGUCGACGCGGCGGAGACCGAGGGCACUACCAACACUGCCGCUAUCAAAUCCAAACUCAGCCGCUAUCAAGUGCAAAAAUGUCUGGGUCUGGAAGAAUGCACGAUUUGUCAUGCGUAUUUCAAUUUCUCAUGACCCAUGAUGCCUGUAAUGCAUGGCCUAGCUGCAUCGCAGACUUGUAGAGGGCUUCCUGAUGCACCUGCCGCACGAGAAAUGCCCUGUCCCUAUAGCAAAAACUGUACCCCUCUUGCUGGUCAUGCAAUACAAAUUUUUUAGAGUCCAAAACCAGCAUGACAAGUUGCAAUCUUCCAGACCCAGACACUUUUGCAGUUGAUAGCCGUGAGCAGGUGAAGGCGAUAAGCAGGGUCACCAAGGAGCUGCAGCAGGAGGCGGCGCAGAAGGAUCCCAAGAUCGCGCAGCUGGCGUAUGGGUUCUCAAACGUUAUAUUCCUAGCUGCAUUUGCAUGAAUUUGCCAUGCAAAAUUAACAUAAACCACUUCUCGACCAAGCUGCUUUGCGUGACAAAUUGCCGAAGGGCUACACAGCCUGUAAAUCUGAGCAAAGUCUGUAAUGCGACGCGCGCAAGUACAACCAGCGCCCACGUUUUACUGUUGCUAUUAUGAUUGCAUCACAAAUUCAACAUGUAUAUAACAGUUGGGAAUGUAACAGUUGAGAAUCCCAUAUCGCGAGGCAGCUAAUGCAGGGUAACCCAACGGACCGCUAUAAGGCCUUCAGCAGGGACAAACUGGAAACCGACUACGGGAUCGAAAUCCCCAACGACUGGGUGCGAGGUAGCUCCGACGUCGAGGCCGGAGACUUUGGUCACUCGCCGCAGCAGUUGGCCGACAAUCUCCAGCCCUUGGCCGAGCUAUGAGAGUGCACGACCCCCUUUCGCCGACCUCAUUUGUCACACGACCAAACCGGAAUCCGACGUUGGUCUUUCGCAUUGUCUUGCAUGACAAGUCAGUGCAAACCCAGCAGCACCACGAUAAAGCCGUAAACUUGUCAUGCUGCAAAAAAGGACAUUUCUCCCGACGUGCUCUCUUUUGCUUCUUCUUUUCUUGUGCCGUUCAAACGAGGGGAAGGGAGGUCGCGCACCCUCAUACGAAGACAUGAUGGAGCAUUACAAGGACGGCGGUCAGAAGUUGAGCCAGCACUUGAUCGACAUUCUGAAAAACAUGACGACCGACCACAACAAGGAAAAGUACUCCGAGCUUUGCAGCCAGCAACAGUUGGCUGAGGCACGGGCCUCGGACUUCUGGGGCGGGGAGCGACCGCCAUGUAUUGCACACAUCUUACUAUAAUAUCGAUGUCAAUGAUGAUCAAUGUGUACAGUACUGCAGGUAGUACCUUUUUUGAGGAUACCGUGAAAGAGAACGUACUGAAGUGUUAAAAGAAUAGACUGUAUUGAUGGUGGUGAUCGGAAUAAAUAACGAUGCGCAACAAUAAAUCCAUUCAUUCUGUUUUGAAAGUUAGUGAGCUGAUAUUAUGCUCGAAAUGAUGGAAAUAAAAACUGAACCUCUCUACAGACGCUUCCCCCAGCAGGAAGAGCCAGAAUCCCAGGAACCUGAAUCUGGAAGUGAUGGUGCCGCCGGCGCCGCCCCGCAACGCGAAUGAGGUCAACCCCCUGCCGCUGCCCGGCGUAUUCCUGAAGGUGUCCAACGACAUGACGCGCGAAAUAAGUAACGAGCAGGUGGAUUUGCAGAUGCUCCUGGACCGCUGGGGCACGGAAAAGCCGACGGACUCGAACACCGGAAAGCAGAUGGGUAAGCAGAAGGUGGACACAAAGAGGAACGAGGGGAUGCCCAUUAUUCGGCUGCGCAAAUACAGGGGCCACUGGGAGGACGAAGACACGGUUUUGGUCCACAACGCGGAGCAGCUCGCGAAAAUGUGUCUCCACUCCGGGGUGUGCAAAGAGCGAUUCGGCGGCAGGCCCGAGCUGCAGACCCUGUACCUGUAUCAAAUGCAAAUAUGUCUGGGUCUGGAAGACUGCGAGAUCUGUCAUGCAGUUUUUGCAUGAGCCAGCGCCAGAUCGUCUGGCAUGCAAGCUCUAGCAUCACAGAUUUGGAGCGAGUAUCUCAAUGCCAAAUCCGCAUGACAGAUCCCCUCGCUCGGAAACAAAAGGCGCGGCCUUUUGCUAGCCAUGCAUGACAGAUUUUCUCAUGAUUUAGACUUCGCAUCACAAAUUCGAAUCCUCCCAGACCCAGACAUUUUUGCAUUUGAUAAUUUCACCUCGUACCCCGACCCGCUCCCGGCUGUAGCAGAAGGUGGCGACGACGACAAGAAUAUGGCGGGAGAGGAAUAG